GCAAGAGCAAUGCCAGUGGCAGCAGUUGUGAGAGGAGGGGGAGGGGCCGGGAAGGCGGGGCCAGCCCAGACAUUGGCGGAAGGGGCGGAGGAAGGGGCGGAGCCUCAUGACCAGGAGGAGGAGCAUUACCAUCAGGAGGAGCACAAAGUCAAUGAAAAGGUGGCGGCCCACCACAAAGUUCUGACGUCGCUCAUCGCGGGCGCUAUGGCCGGGGCUCUGGCUAAGACGGUCAUCGCUCCGCUAGACAGGACCAAGAUCAACUUUCAGAUCGCGAACAAACCGUUCUCGGCCCGGGAGGCGGCGCGCUUCCUGUACGACACGGUGCGCAACUCGGGCGUGCUGUCGCUGUGGCGCGGCAACUCGGCGACCUUGGUGCGCAUCGUGCCCUACGCGGCCAUACAGUACGCGGCGCACGAGCAGUACAAGCUGAUGCUCAACUUUCGCAACAAGAAACAUUUACCUCCACACCUGCGGUUCCUGGCGGGGUCGCUGGCCGGUGUGACCUCCGUGGCCUUCACCUACCCCCUGGACCUGUGCCGAGCCCGCAUGGCGGUCACCCCAAAGGCAUUCUACAACCACAUCGGCGAAGUGUUCAUGCGCAUGAUACGAGAGGAAGGGUUCCGAUCCAUCUACCGAGGCUUCACUCCCACAAUCCUCGGCUCCAUCCCGUACUCAGGGUUCAGUUUCUUCACAUACGAGUCAUUGAAGAAAGUUCACGCCGAGACCCACUCGGGUCGGGAUCCGAACCCCCUGGAGCGUAUGUGCUUCGGCGCUGUCGCGGGCAUGGUGGGGCAGUCGGCCUCGUACCCACUGGACAUUGUACGGCGACGUAUGCAGACGGCUGAUUUAGUAGCUGACGAGUAA